AUGGACGCCAAAGAUCAUAAAGACGAUGGCAUCAUCGACGACACCUACGCCGAAGGCACUGGAGAGGAGACAGUUCUUGAAGUCGACCAUAUUGCCGAACGUCAACUGUGUCGCAAGUUUGACGUCCGCUUGAUGCCCGUUCUAGCCAUCAUGUACCUCUUCAACGCCUUAGACAAAGGCAACCUAGGCAACGCCCAAACCGUCGGUCUCAGCGACGAUCUCAACUUCAAGCCAAACCAAUACAACCUCCUCGUAUCAAUCUUCUUCGUGCCCUACGUCAUCUUCGCUCCUCCCACCGCCAUAAUCGGCAAGAAAUACGGUCCUGCGCGUGUCCUACCAAUUCUCAUGUUUACUUUUGGAUCCAUGACUUUGCUUGCUGCUUGCACGCAGAACUUUGGUGGCAUGUUUGCGCUGCGGUUCUUUCUUGGCAUGGCGGAGUCGGGAGGUGAACUUGCGCGUCGUUUGGCGGUAUUCUAUGCUGCGUCUAACAUCGCGAAUGCUUUUAGCGGUCUUUUAUCAUUUGGCGUCUUCCAGAUCGACUCCAAAAUCUUCGUCUGGCGAUAUCUCUUCAUCAUUGAAGGCUCAGCCUCCGUGCUCUUCUCAAUCUUUGCAUUCUGGUACCUCCCUCGCAGCGCAGCGCAAGCCAAGUUUCUCUGCGAAGAAGAAAAAGCACUGGCUUUUCAUCGCAUGCAAGUUGAUUCUUCGUCUGUUGUACAGGAAAAGUUCAAUUUCAAGGAUUCGAUUAAGAUCUUUACGUAUCCGACGACGUAUUGCUUUUUGUUGAUUGAGAUUUGUCUUGGUGUGCCGAUUCAAUCGGUUGCGCUGUUUAUGCCUCAGAUUAUCCAGCGAUUGGGAUAUGGACCUGUCAAGACGAAUCUUUACACUGUCGCACCGAAUGUUGGUGGUGCUGUGAUGCUUCUCAUCUUGGCCUUCAGCUCCGACUUUCUACGCAUUCGCUUCCCUUUCAUCAUGCUCGGUUUCGCCCUCACAUUCAUCGGCUUCAUCAUCUACGCCGCCAUCUCAGACGUGCAAGCUCAAUUACAAUUAGCAUACUAUGCAUGCUUCAUGAUGGUCUGGGGUACAUCAGCCCCCUCCGUGCUCUUAUCAACAUGGUAUAAUAACAAUAUUGCGAAUGAGGGCCGUCGCGUAGUCCUCACCUCAGUUGGCGUCCCUCUCGCCAAUCUCAUGGGUCUCGUAUCGAGCAACAUCUUCCGCGAGAACGAAAAGCCCAAGUACCCCACAGCUCUUAUCACGACUGCUUGUUUCGGCGCAUGUGGAUGCCUCAUUGCGGGUCUUCUUGGUGGAUAUAUGGUAUUUGAUAACAUGCGAAGGAAUCGUAAAGCGGGGAGGAAGACGACAGCUGCUGAUGUCCCGACGAAGCGUCUGCGCGACGGGCCAGCCGUGCCCGAGUUUCGUUGGUUCCUGUGA